AUAAGGUGUCCUUGGAUAUCCUUUGAAGUCUAUUUUCAUAAUUGAGUGGUCUCUGUUCUAGAGGAGAGAGUAGUCAUCCAAAAAUCGAUCUGAAGCGAGCAGUGGUCUGUGAACUCGAGCUGUGAGAGUGCUGAGACUGUUUGGUUGAUAUCUCGAGUUUUACCAAUCCAAUUAAGGCGUGUGAGAUACCAAAAGAAAGCUCUCAAGACGAGGAAUCCGUGAAGGUCUGGUUUGCAUCAAUCGGAGUAGAGGAAGGCUUCCAAAUCGUCCGAGAAAAACACAACCUCGCAGAAACGGAUUUACUCUUCUAAAGAAUCGAGUUAGCCGGAAAACACCCGUUCUAGGGGCUGUUUUCGUAUCAACGGUUAGGGGUUGAAAUAGCAACUUGAGGAAGCUGCUUAACACCCAUUUUCAAGCAAGGAAUCAGUUCUCAAGCUUCCUUGGCCGAGGCUUUAGUCAUUGGAUCGAGAAGGAAAGUUUUAAAGCUCAUUUGAGGUUGAGGCUAGAGCUUGCUUCCUGUGCUCGUUGCUCGAGAGAUCAUCUAGGAGCGAAGACUUGGUUCGUGCUUCCUCCAUUCGGAUUUUAAACAUUAAUAAACAUGCUCAUGGAUAUUUUACUAUGGAGCCUGCGUGCUCAUGAAUAGCCCGGUGUGGCCUUUUUGUUUUAAAAAAUGUUUUCCGCUGCAUUAUGAAUUACUUAUUAUGUUUGUUUAUGGAUGGCUUACGUGUGAAUGAUAUUCGAGACGCCUUGUAUAAUAUGAAUGUGUUGGACUGCGGUUGACUAUUCGUAUUGUACGGCGGGUUGUUGACGUGUCCGGGGAGGUCCGGGGCGUGACAAUUAAGUUGGUAUCAGAGCCUUAGUCCAUAAACUUCAUAAUGAAGUCUCAAAAUUCUCUUUUUGAAAAGAUUUUGAAAACCAUGAGCAUAGAAGUUUUGUACUUGGAGAGCUUUUGGUACUUGAGUUGCAAGGUCUCUUAUUGUUAAGAUGGUACCCUUAGCAAUUGGUAUGGCGGUGACUCGAGCCAGAAUGUGUCUUAAGUACCUAUCCGUCAAUUGACAUUUGAUACGAGUCUAACGACUCUUUCCAAAUUUCUUUCAGAAAUGGACCGUGGUGGCAGGAUUACUAGGAGAAACCCGACCGGCCGUGUACCAGUGGAGACUGGACAGGGCAGUCGAAGGACCUCUAGGGCAUCUAGAGGAGCUGGCCGUGGAGGCCGGUCACAGACCGUGAGUGACGGUCAUAUUGACACAGAAAGUGAAACCUACUGGUCCUAUGAGGACUCGACUUACCAACCGGAAACCGAGCCGGUUGAGACCCCUUACGAAGGGGAUGACGAUGAUGUAAGUGAUGAGGAGGGGGAGAAUGACUCCCUAGCAAGAAUUGAGGCGCUGCUCCAACAAUAUCAGCGGGAGCGCGAGGAAAGGAGGGAACGCCGAAGGCGCCGGGGAGGGCGAACUUCGGGUGGGGCUUUAAGAGAAAGGAGCCAUGGCGAUUCUCGGGCCCACAUUGAACCACAUGGGGGCCGGGGUGAUGGGGGUCCAAUCAUAAGGAUCUCAAAAUUUCUUAAAGAGGCUAGAGACUUGGGGUGCAAACCCUUCAACGGAGCAGGUGACAUCUCGGUCGCCGCGGAAUGGAUCAAGAGAUUGAACGAAGCAGCCCUUGAUAUGCAACUCACCCCCGAAUUUAAACUAAGGGUGGCGGUGAGAUUGCUUGAAGGGAUGGCAUCCACAUGGUGGGAUGGAGCCAAGGGAAAGUAUGGCAAUACCGUGACUUGGGAGAAUUUCCGACAGGAGUUCUUUGCCCAAUAUUAUUCUGAUUUUGAGGUGAACGCUAAAAGGAGAGAGUAUACCCUCCUGACCCAAGGUGGCAAGAUGACGGUGAGGCAACUUGAACAUAAAUUCAGGGAACUCGCGGAGUUCAUACCGGAGUAUGUCUGUGACGAGAACCGGAUGGUAAAUCACUUCUGGGAUGCCUUAGACUUGGAGGUGCGUGAGAGGGCAACACAGUUGCCUAACAUGACCUUUAGCCAAGUGGUUGAGCAGGGAUUGAAAGGGGAGAAGGAAUGGGAAGAAAGAAAGUUGAAGAACGCCGAAGAGGCGAAGAAGAGGAAGUGGGAGAACCAUGGACAUCAGGGUCCUAAUAAAAAGGGGAACCAUGGGGGGGGGAUCCUUUCGGACACCCCCACUGCCAUCUAGGGGAAGUCAAGGCCCGGGCGGGCAAUCACAAGCCUCGGGGGUGACUCGUUGCAAGAAUUGCAAGAGGAACCACCUGGGGAAAUGUCGUGACCCUCCUAGAUGCUAUCAAUGCGGAAACACCGGGCACUUGAAGAUGAAUUGCCCACAAUUGGGUGGGGCAAGGUCAUCGGGACCAAGUAGUGGUAAUACUGGGACACGGAAUCAAGCCGGGACUUCACAAGCGUCUAGGGGGCAAGGGGGAGCAAGCGCAAGCAAUGCCCCAUCCGUGAAUCAAGGAAGGACUCAAGCUAGGGUCUACGCGAUGACGGAGGCGGAUGCUCAAGCUAACCCGGAUUCCGUUGCAGGUUGAGGCUAGAGCUUGCUUCCUGUGCUCGUUGCUCGAGAGAUCAUCUAGGAGCGAAGACUUGGUUCGUGCUUCCUCCAUUCGGAUUUUAAACAUUAAUAAACAUGCUCAUGGAUAUUUUACUAUGGAGCCUGCGUGCUCAUGAAUAGCCCGGUGUGGCCUUUUUGUUUUAAAAAAUGUUUUCCGCUGCAUUAUGAAUUACUUAUUAUGUUUGUUUAUGGAUGGCUUACGUGUGAAUGAUAUUCGAGACGCCUUGUAUAAUAUGAAUGUGUUGGACUGCGGUUGACUAUUCGUAUUGUACGGCGGGUUGUUGACGUGUCCGGGGAGGUCCGGGGCGUGACAGUCCUCCUUUUUUUAAUCGCAACAUGUUGAAUUUAACAAUAUUCACAUGUUCUUCUUUGACUACAUUUUACAAUAUAUUUUAUGAUUGUUUUUUUAAAUAUUGUUCAAUUCAUCUCAUUACAAAUUUUCAAAAUCUGAUUAUUUUUAAUUUGUUUUACUAAUAGAGAAUACGAUAUAUUUAUAGUCAAAGAUGUGCGUUGACAAAUGUGAAAUGUUGACCGUUGCAAUUAAAAAACGGAGGAAGUAGUUAUGAAUAUCAGAUUUUUCAUUUAAUAUAUUUAGAUUUGGA